CGCGGCGCGCAGCGGCCAUGGACACGGUGCUGGCAUCGCUCGGGCUGGGCACGCGCUACUGCCUGGUCAGCGACGACCACGAGCGGCCCGAGUCGUACGGCGACGACCACGAGCGAGGCCCGCAGACACUGCUCGAGCGCUGCACCGACCUCGGCGCCGUGCACGACACGUUCUCGCGCACGCCGGCCAGUCGGCCGGCCAGCCUGCUGAGCAGACUGAGGCCGGACAGUGAGCAGAAGCGGCCGGCUGUGCGGCGCGAGCGGCCCGCCCGCGCCGCCCAGCCCGAGAAGGAGAACGCCGGCCCGCGCGCCGAGGCCGCACUUGGCUUGUUUGACCGGCUGGCGUCGAGGCACGGAGACGGGCGGCUGGGGGCGCUCGGUGGACUGCGACCCGGACACAGAUCGGACCAGGGCAGUGCACCGCUCAUGACGGGCGACAACGGCAACGACUCCUGGGGCUGGAACUCGUCUCCAAACAAGACAUCCUCUGGUGACGUUCAGUGGGGCUCCGGCGCGGCCUGGGACGACGCUCAGUUGGCGGCUCCCAAGACCAAGGCGGCCAAGGCGCGCACCGCCAAGAAGCCGGGCGGCAGCGACCAGGCUAGCCUGAUCGAUCUGGGCGACGCCAAGGAGGACGACUGGCAGAGCUGGGAGGACGACGCGUGGGCCAGUCUAGAGCGCAAAAACUGAAUCUCGCGCCACUAGGAGACAUGCGGCGACGGCGGCGGCGGGGCUGUCGCUGAUCGCCGGGCCCUGCAGGGGAGACGGCGGCAGCGGU